AUGCAGGGCGAGAGCGCUUCGGUGCCGAGACAGUCUCGGAUGGCUCGCUACAAGUUCGUGAGCAAGCUCGGCAAUGGCACCCAUGGUUCGGUGAAGCUUUAUCGAAACACAAUCACCAGCAGAUUGGUGGCGAUCAAGAAGAUGAGGCGACACUUCCAAAACUGGGACCAGUGCAUGCAGCUCAACGAAAUCAGGAGCCUGAAAAAGCUGUGCAGCCACGCGCAUCCCAACAUCAUCCUCUGCGAAGAAGUAAUCAAAGAGAACAACCGCCUUUAUCUGACUAUUAAGCAGUACGUCACCUACGCGUCGCAGCACAUGGAGGACACUCUGCACCAGCUCAUCGAGAAGCGAAAGGAGCUGGGUGAGCCCUUCCCCGAGGCUAAGAUCCGAAGCGUCAUGUAUCAGAUACUGAAGGGUCUAGAGUUCAUGCACGAGCGUGGCAUCUUCCACAGAGACCUCAAGCCGGAGAAUCUGCUCUACACCACUGAGACCAUCAAGCUGACCGACUUGUGCUCUGGGUCUCAGCACUAA